ACAAUGUCAAUUCGGAAACGGAACUCAAGGCAAGCGGUUCAUCAUGGUGCAGCUGGUACUCCUCCUCCUAGCUGUCGGCCACGCCCUGGCCAGUGCCGAAGAGCUGCUCAAGAUAACCUUUUGGAUAGAGCCCUUGCAGCGUGCAGAAUUCGAUGCGGAUAUGGUGGUGGUGCUCAAGGAGCUGGAUGGCAUGCGUCUGGACAUCAAGGUGUCGGAUGUCUCCCUGCCGUUGACCCGCUCCGAAGACGACAAGGAUAUGCAGCGCUUCUGUGAGAUCUUAGCCAGCGAGGGUACCAGCAUUGUCAUAGAUCUCACCUACAGCCACUGGCCGGAGGGCUACAAUAUGCUGCGUGCCCAGGGCAUUGCCUAUGUGCGGAUGGAGCGCAUGCUGCGACCCUUUCUGGAGAUGUUUGGGGCCUUCAUGCGCCAGAAGCGGGCCAAUAAUGUGGCGAUGGUAUUUCAAAAUUCCAGGGAUGCCGAGGAGGCCAUGCAGCAGAUGAUCAUUGGUUAUCCAUUCCGUACGCUGAUCCUCGAUGCCAGUGCGAGUGACAACCCCAGGGGGGAUUUUGUGCAGCGCAUACGAGCCUUGAGGCCCACGCCCAACUAUGUGGCGAUGUUUGCCCGCGGUGCGGCCAUGAAUGGACUCUUCGAUAAGGCGCAAAAGGGUGGCAUAUUUGAGCGACCCACCGAAUGGCACUUCGUUUUUCUGGAUACCCGCGAUCGGGUCUUCAAAUACAAGCGCCAGGCGGAGCUGGCCAAUCGUUUUACCCUAAAUGCCCGGGCUAUCUGCAGGUCCAUGCCCAUGCCGGAUCUUUACUGCGGCAGCGGAUUCACAAUGCAGCGGGCCAUGCUGCUGAAUGUGCUGCGGUGUCUGAUCAAUGCCGCUCAGAUGAGUCCGGAGAUGCCGCAGCCCAUCUACGUGGAGUGCAAUGGCACUUCCUCCUCCUCCACAACCGCCGCAUCCUCGACGGAGCUGGCUACAGCGGAGCCCGAUCUAGAGUCCGGCUCCUGGCUGGACUGGGUGCAAUGGAGCAACUUUCUGACCUUUGCCCCGCCCGUGGUUCGGUAUCCGGAUGAAUUGGAGGCGGGUCAGCCCACAGCAGUCGUCCUGCCGGCCCUCACCUUUGCCGUAAACAUCUCCGCUGGCUACUAUUCCAGCGAGCAUGAGGCCAAGACCGAUCUGGCCAUGUGGUCGACCCUGGGCGGUGGUACGCUGCGUCUCCUGAACGAAACGCUCAGUCCGGCGCGUCGUUUCUUUCGCAUUGGCACCGCCGAGAGCAUGCCCUGGAGCUACUUGCGGCGCAACGAGAAAACCGGCGAGCUGCUACGCGACCGCAAGGGAGAGCCCAUCUGGGAGGGGUACUGCAUUGACUUUAUUCAGCGGCUCUCGCAGAAGCUCAACUUCGAGUACGAGAUCGUGGCCCCCCAGACGGGGCACAUGGGCGAGAUGAACGAGGAAAACGAAUGGGACGGGGUGGUGGGGGAUCUGGUGCGGGGCGAGACCGACAUUGCCAUUGCCGCCCUGAAGAUGUACUCGGAACGGGAGGAGGUCAUCGAUUUCCUGCCGCCCUACUACGAACAGACGGGCAUUUCCAUCGUGAUCCGCAAACCAGUGCGCAAGACAUCCCUGUUCAAGUUCAUGACCGUCUUGCGGCUGGAGGUGUGGCUGAGCAUUGUGGCCGCCCUGGUGGGCACGGCCUUCAUGAUCUGGUUCAUGGACAAGUACUCGCCAUAUAGCUCGAGGAACAACCGGGCCGCCUAUCCGUAUGCCUGUCGAGAGUUUACGCUGCGGGAGAGCUUCUGGUUUGCCCUCACCUCGUUCACGCCGCAGGGCGGUGGCGAGGCGCCAAAGGCCAUUUCCGGCCGGAUGUUGGUGGCCGCCUACUGGCUGUUUGUGGUCCUCAUGCUGGCCACAUUCACGGCUAAUCUGGCCGCCUUCCUUACGGUGGAGCGCAUGCAGACGCCGGUCCAGUCGCUGGAGCAGCUGGCCCGCCAAUCGCGCAUCAACUACACGGUCGUUAUGGAAUCGGAUACGCAUCAGUAUUUUAUCAAUAUGAAGUUUGCGGAGGAUACGCUUUACCGCAUGUGGAAGGAGCUGGCUCUGAACGCCUCCAAGGACUUUAAGAAGUUCCGCAUCUGGGAUUAUCCGAUCAAGGAACAGUACGGACACAUUUUGCUGGCCAUCAACAGUUCGUUGCCGGUGAAGGACGCCCGACAGGGGUUCGACAAUGUGGAUGCCCAUGAGAAUGCCGAUUAUGCCUUCAUCCAUGACUCGGCGGAGAUCAAGUACGAGAUAACCAGAAACUGCAAUCUGACGGAGGUGGGCGAGGUGUUUGCCGAACAGCCAUAUGCGGUGGCCGUCCAGCAGGGCAGCCAUCUGGGCGACGAGCUCAGCUAUGCCAUACUGGAGCUGCAGAAGGAUCGGUUCUUCGAGGAGCUCAAGACCAGGUACUGGAAUCAAUCGAAUCUGCGCAAUUGUCCGAUCUCCGAGGACCAGGAGGGCAUCACCUUGGAGAGCCUGGGGGGUGUGUUCAUAGCCACACUCUUUGGCCUAGUCCUGGCCAUGAUCACCCUCGGCCUGGAGGUGGUGUACUUUAAGAAGCGCAAGGACACCUUGGAGGCAACCAUCACCCAGGUGAAACCCAUUGAGGCGGCAGAGGAAGGCGGCACUGCCACUGAAGCUGAAGCAAGCAAAAAGGCCGCCUGGCAUAUACCACUGGACAAGCACAGAUCGGCCAAGGUAUCGCCGCCGCCCUCCUUUGAGGUGGCCACAUUCCGGGGCAAAAAGAUGCCGCCAAGGGUAACGCUGGGCGAUGGCAAGUUCAAGCCGCGGCUUGGCCUGCAAUCGCGUCGAAAAUUAGGAGCACUUGAUGCUUCAAUGGGUUACAUGGAAUGAUUAUCUUGGCAGUUAGGGACCGAGCCCAGUUCUACCUGAAGGCCUUCCGACGGGAACGUUGGAUUAUAUUCAGAAGCGUGCACCGGAGCAGCUCUAAGUUAAAAACACAUAUUUAUUCCAAUUUCAAUAAUUUAAAAAUAAAUUUCAUCCCACGGUACGGGGCGGUAAAUCAAAGAGUGUGAUCGUGAAACAGUGCA